AUGUCUAGAAGAGGCUCAAGAAUCGCUCAAGAAUCAAUGAAGGCUCAAUUCAACAAAGGCGUGAAGGACACCCCAAAUUGGAAUGUUGGCAAAGAGGUUUGGCUGAACAGCAGGAAUAUUUUGACAACAAGACUCAGCCCCAAGCGGUACCACCAAUGGCUGGGGCCAUUUCAAAUCUCUAAGAAAAUAUCCCAAUCUGCCUACAAACUGACUUUGCCACUAUCCAUGCAGGGUGUUCACCCGGUGUUCCAUGUUUCAGUACUGCAAAAGCACAGCUCAGACACCAUCACUGGACGACGCCACACAUCACCAGAGCCGGUACAGGUCAACAAAGAUAAGGGGUGGGAAGUAGAAGGCGCACUGGACUGUUGGAAAAGAGGGAAGACAGUUGAAUACUUGGUCAGCUGGAAAGGAUUUGGACCAGAGGAGAACUCGUGGGAACCGGUGGACAACUUGGAACACUGCCAAGAAUUGGUUCCUGAAUUCAACACCAAAUUUCCAGAUGCGGCGUCAAGACACAAGAGUUCACAGAGAAUGAAGUGA